AUGCAACAAUCAGUUCCGCGUCUCCUGAACGAAGCUCUUCGUAGUGAAGAUAGAGAAUGUUUACUACCAUGGUUCUUUUUCUUGAAACUAUUCCUCACGGCACUAUGGAAGCUGGAACCAGUCAAAUGUACAGUUUGGAGAGGUACGAAAGGCAGCUAUGGUGCUGGGUUUCGCAAAGGGCAGAAAUUCGUGUGGUGGGGUGUUUCAUCGUGUACUCUAUCUCGCGGAAUUUUAGAAAAAGAACAGUUCCUUGGAAGUACCGGAUCUAGAACUUUAUUUAAAAUUGAAUGUAUGCAUGGGAAAGACAUAAGAAUGUAUUCCUACUAUGAAAAUGAAGAAGAAGUGUUGCUUUUGCCAUGUAGUUAUUUCGAAGUUUUGGAUAUUAACGAAGAAGAUGAUUUGUGCAUUGUACACGUCAGACAGCAGAAGCCACCAGUUCCGUUGAUACAGCCACCGUUUGUGACUGAUGGUUUGGUUUAUACUGUGAGUGAUAGUUUAAGAGAGAUGAAGGUAUUUCCAACAGCGCUGACUAAACAACUUAGUCGAAAUCAACGACGUCGACAAAAAGAAAAGCUGCGAAGAAUAGCCGAAAUCGCCGACGCACAAACAGUCAUGACGAGCGAACAAAAUGAGACUUCUAAACCAAACAUAACGAAGCAACGAAAUAUCUCAGCAGAGUAUGUGUUGGCAUCAGAGCAGAAGGCUGCAGCCGAACGAAGUCUAUGCAUACAAUCGGAUAUUUCUAUCGAAACAAAUAAGUCGAUCGAACAAACUAUCUUCACGGAAAUGAAGCCUUCAAGUGAGCCACCAAUGGCAAUUAUCCCAAUAGUGCAAACAACAGCAAUAACACUUAACUUCGAUCGCUUGAAAACUAAACCUAGAAAAUCUGUUACGAUUAGAGACGGUAUUCGUAUGGCCGCAAACGAUCAAUAUUUGCUUGUCUGUCCAAAGAAUAGACUAUGUCUACUCGAUAAAGAAGGAAACGAACGUUGGAAUAUCAAACGAGACUUUGAAGUUGAUGAUGUCUGCUAUUCGACUUACUUAAAUCAGUUUCUCAUUUUAGGUGACUAUGAUCUAUAUUCUUUAGAUUUAGAGAGACCAACAAAAUUGGCAACAGAAAUCACUCAAUUUGCUCGUAAUAUGGAUGAAUGUACGUGUUACGAGAAUUUAAUCCUGGUCGUGAAAGACUUUGGGGGAGCACUCGUCGAAGUUUGGGAUAUGAAAUCUAAUUGGAAAUUACACAAACAAUAUAAGCGGCCAAUAUCUUGUAAACAAGGACAAGGAAUCUGUACAAUACGGUUCAGUAGCGAUGGAAGUUAUUUUGGAGUUACUUUAACAGAACCUCCCACUGCGAAAGCUUUUUUUCAGCUACGCGGUUCAGAGGAUAUGAAAAUACUAAAAAUAAUGGAACUUCCCUUCUACGAAGGAUACUGUAAUCAUUAUAUUCUCUCACUUCCAAGCAAUGAAUUCUUAGUGUAUAAAUAUUCAGAAAAACUAAUGUUCUUAUUGAAUUCAAGUGGACAAUGUAAACAAACAAUUCAGUACGCUAAAGGCAUUUGUACAAUGGCAUUAAUCAAUAGCUGUUUUGUUAUUCAAACAAGUCGACCAGAUAAACUUCAUUUUUACGAUCUUUAG